AUGGCCAUGCAGGCCCCUGACCCUCCCGGCCUGUCUUUGCAGAGGCCCGCCCCAGAGACCGUGCAGGAGCUGGCUGACGGGUUCACUUACGCCUUCAACCGGUACCAGACAGGAGGGCACCAGGCCAGGAAGCCCGUCCAGAGCCGGUCUGAGAGCUCCAGCGAGGACAUCCUUGAGGUGCUGGCCCGCGGGCCCGACUACACCACCUACCGGGUCAGGGUGCAGGUGCACCGGGCCAACGACGCCGGCCAGUGCGAGUCUGAGAGUGCAGCCGAGUUAACUCUUAACCUCCGUGAAGCCUGCAGGAUGCGUGCCCUCCAGGAAGGCACACGGGCAAAGAUGGUGGUGUCCAUGGUACCAGCUUUCCCGAGUGGAAAAAUUCCCCACAUCCCCACCUUCAUGUCCAUCCACCCGGCCUUCUCCAGAGCCCAGCUGUUCCUGGACCAGCUGUUAACUAGGUGA